ACGCAACUUGGCCAAUUAGGCGCUCAAAAGGCAUAUACAGCCACAGCCAGCGACGGAGACAGGUGGGCGCACUUUUCGCUUGACUAAGGUCAAAAGUUGCCUCGCUCUCCAUGAAGAUAGAUGGAUGGUCCCCCGAAAAAUGGAACCCAUCUGAACUUGAUGCUGUCGCUGGGGCUGGCGACGCAUCGCGAGGCUACGCGGCUAUUUUUAACGGAAAAGCACGCCCGCACGGCCAAUAAAUUCAGCCAGAACAGCCAAGCAAACAGCCAGAACGAAAAGCCAAGAAAAGGAAAACAGAGAGCGAGGCGAUGGCAUAUAGUCAUAUAGUAUGUGGGCUAUAUAUCCGAGGCAUUCAUAUUAAUUAAACUUUGCAAGUGGAAAUCUACUUUGAAACUUCAAAACCCAUUUUUUCGGGGCGGAAUGUAGUUGUCAAAACGCACGCACAGCAGUGAAGCAGCAGGGAAAACAGGGAAAACAAAGCAGCGGGAGAGAGGAAAGUCCCAGCAGAGAGAGCGUGAGAGAGAGCGAGUUUUCCGAGAGAGCGAGCGGAGAGGCUUUUCCAGGAGGUUUGGGCCUUCCAAAAUAACACAUUCCUCGUACAAAGGAUUGGCUUCGCAUUGACAUUGGAAGCUUCUCGGUUUUCCGCUUUCCUGCUGCUCGAGUUUGGAGUUUCCCCGACGCUUUCAGUUCGUGGCUAGACUUUGGAGCGUGCUGUGCUUGGAAAAACUGUGUGCGUGAGCAGCGGAAAGUCGGAGGCCCUCCCAACCAAACCAAACUGAACCCCACCCCUCCCCCACACCGUACACACACUUUUACACCGCAUUUUCCACAGGCCAAAUGUGUAAUAAAAUCGAAACAAUGGAACAAAAAACAAGAACAAAUAACGAGAAACAAACAACAGAGGGUAUAAUACUGAAUUGAAGUUCAUUUGAAUUCGCGUGUGUGUCUGUGACAAAUAUUUUCCCAAAGCCAUACAGAUGAAGGUCCCCAAUACAAUUUAAAAAUGUGAAAUAAUUAUAUUCCUAUGCUGUAACAAGUAACCGCAAAUCAAAAACUUAAUCAACGCUUAAACAAAACACUUAAUCCAAACCCAAACAAGACGCAAGUGAACUCAAUACUCUUUAGUUGCUAUUGCCCCACAAAAUGCUGCCAAACUACGCCUGAGCCUCGACUCUGACCUCGACCCCAACCCAAUCUCAAUCCCAACCUGAACCUGCGCCCGGAACCACGACCAGAGGGCCAGAACCAGAACACAACUGUGAUCAUAGACAUAACAACGAGGGAAGGAAGCCAGUCAGCCAGGCAGCCAGUCAACCAGGACGAAGGGACAAAGAGACGAAGGGACACCAGAGCCACAGCCAAAGAUGAGGGAGUCCGGGGACACAGCCAGCAGCCUGCCAGACCGCAACUAGCCGAUUUAUAGAUUCGCAGAUAACGCCGGGCCCGGAAGUGGAGAGUGGCAAGUCGGAAGUCGGAGGUCGGAAUCAAUUGCCCGGCGAUAGCAAUCGGCAGAGGCAGAGGAAGGUCCAUCAGAGCAGCGCACUCGCCAUCGGAGGCUGUAAUGACGACGAUUGACGCGAUGUAGCGCAGACUUAUGGUCGGCGAACGCGACAGGGACCGUGAGGCGGUACGCUGGGCAACGGGUGAAUCAACACCGCUUCAAACCAAUAAUGGAGUAUUACAAAUGGUCGGGCAAUUGCAAGGUGGACAGGCUGCUGGCCAGCAACAGCAACAACAGCAACAGCAACAAGCGACUCAGCAACAGCAACAGCAACACGCAAAGCAGCAGCAACAGCAGCAGCAACUCAAGCAGCAGCAGCAUCAACAGGAGCUCCUGUAUCAGCAACAUAACGAGGCAAUUGCAAUUGCACGCGGACUGCAGGCUGCAACACCUGCCGACGUCGGCGAUAAUCAGCCGUACUACGAUACAAGCGGUAAUGUCGAUUGGGAGCGGGCGAUGGGAGCCGGUGGAGCUGGUGCAUAUGGUGGCGUCGGCAUCGGAUCCCUUCCAGCAGGCGGCGGUGCUGCUUAUCACCUUGGGCCAGCUAAUGCCGCAGGCCUCGUUCCUCGUCACCUUGAUUACGCUGAUGGCGGCCACCUUGCUGGCCCAUCCGCCGGUCUUUCUGCUGGAGCACUGGCAGCAGGAGCAGGAACAGCAGCAGUCGGAGGAGCAGCAGGAGCACCAGGAGGAGCAGGACAAGGAGGAACAGCAGCAGGCAGCAAGGAGGUUCGCUACGCCCCAUUCCCAGUCGCAUCGCCAACGCACUCGAUUCCCACAACCUCCAACCAGCAGCUCGGUGGCAGCGUCGUCGGUGGCGGGGGCGUCGGUGGUGCCAGCAGCCAGUCGAUAUCGGGGGGCGUGCCCACGGCGCACAGCCAGAGCAACACCACCGGCGCCCUGCAGCGGACACAUUCCAGAUCCAUGUCCUCCAUACCGCCGCCCGAGCCGUUCAUGAUAGCCCAGUCGAAGGCGGUGAACAGCCGCGUCUCGAUCAACGUGGGCGGGGUGCGGCACGAGGUGCUCUGGCGGACGCUGGAGCGGCUGCCCCACACGCGGCUCGGGCGGCUGAGGGAGUGCACCACCCACGAGGCCAUCGUGGAGCUGUGCGACGACUACUCGCUGGCGGACAACGAGUACUUCUUCGACCGCCACCCGAAGAGCUUCAGCUCGAUCCUCAACUUCUACCGCACCGGCAAGCUGCACAUCGUCGACGAGAUGUGCGUGCUCGCGUUUAGCGAUGACCUGGAGUACUGGGGCGUCGACGAGCUCUACCUGGAGUCCUGCUGCCAGCACAAGUACCACCAGCGCAAGGAGAACGUCCACGAGGAGAUGCGCAAGGAGGCCGAGUCCCUGCGGCAGCGCGACGAGGAGGAGUUUGGCGAAGGUAAAUGCGCCGAGUACCAGAAGUAUCUGUGGGAGCUGCUCGAGAAGCCCAACACGAGCUUCGCCGCCCGGGUUAUCGCAGUGAUAUCCAUACUAUUCAUAGUCCUGUCUACCAUAGCCCUGACGUUGAACACCCUACCACAACUACAACACAUUGACAACGGUACACCACAGGAUAAUCCGCAAUUGGCAAUGGUUGAGGCCGUGUGUAUCACGUGGUUCACUCUAGAGUACAUACUUAGGUUUAGCGCCUCGCCGGACAAGUGGAAGUUCUUUAAGGGCGGCCUUAACAUAAUCGAUCUAUUGGCAAUACUCCCAUACUUUGUUUCGUUAUUUCUAUUGGAAACGAAUAAGAAUGCAACGGACCAGUUCCAGGAUGUGCGUCGGGUGGUGCAGGUCUUUCGCAUCAUGCGCAUCCUGCGAAUCCUUAAGCUGGCCCGUCACUCAACGGGCCUGCAGUCGUUAGGCUUUACGCUGCGUAACUCGUACAAGGAACUCGGUCUACUAAUGCUGUUCCUGGCCAUGGGCGUUCUCAUAUUUUCUUCGCUGGCAUAUUUUGCCGAAAAGGAUGAAAAGGAUACAAAAUUCGUUUCAAUACCGGAAACAUUUUGGUGGGCGGGUAUUACAAUGACAACUGUUGGCUACGGGGACAUCUAUCCCACAACUGCACUGGGAAAGGUUAUUGGUACUGUGUGUUGCAUAUGCGGUGUUCUGGUAAUCGCUUUGCCUAUUCCCAUCAUCGUUAACAAUUUUGCUGAAUUUUAUAAGAAUCAGAUGCGCCGCGAAAAGGCCCUCAAGCGUCGCGAGGCACUCGAUCGUGCCAAGCGCGAGGGCAGCAUUGUCUCCUUCCAUCAUAUCAAUCUGAAAGAUGCCUUCGCCAAGUCCAUGGACCUCAUCGAUGUGAUUGUCGACACAGAAAAGCGCGAGAGCCACACACGAUCACUCAAAAAUUGGCACCGUUUAACCCACGCGCUCCGCCGAUCGCCCACAGGCCACAAUCUCUCCCAAACGGACGGGAACAGCACCGAGGGCGAGUCCACCAGCGGACGCAACCCGGCGACCACCGGCACCGGCUGCUACAAGAACUACGACCACGUGGCCAACCUGCGCAACUCCAACCUGCACAACCGCCGCGGAUCCAGCUCUGAGCAGGACGCAGUGCCGCCGUACAGCUUCGACAAUCCGAACGCCCGCCAGACCUCGAUGAUGGCCAUGGAGAGCUAUCGCCGCGAGCAGCAGGCCUUGCUGCUGCAGCAGCAACAGCAGCAGCAACAGCAGCAACAGCAGCAACAGCAGCAGCAACAGCAGCAGAUGCUGCAGAUGCAACAGAUUCAGAAGGCGCCCAACGGAGGCGGAGCCGCACAGGGAGUGACCAACAACCUGGCCAUAAUGGCCGCCUCGAGCGCCGCGACCGCUGUGGCGACCGCCAGCACCAGCAACACCAGCAACACCGCCCAGGGGUCAGAGGGCCAAGGCGCCGAGGGAGGCGGCGAGGGGGCCGACGAGGACAACCUCUCGCAGGCGAAGGGACUGCCCAUCCAGAUGAUGAUCACGCCCGGGGAAGUGGCCGAGCUGCGGCGCCAGGUGGCCCUGGAGAACCUGCAGAACCAGCGGAUGGACAACCUGGAGCAGGACGUGCCCGUGGAGUUCGAGUGCUGCUUCUGCACAACCAAGGACUUCAAGGAGUACACGGAUGCGGAGGGCGUGAUCUCGCUACCCACCUCCGACUUCCACAAGCCGAUCUGCCUGGAGAUGCGACUGGCAGCCGCGAGUCGCCAGGCGGGAGCCUUCGGCUUCCUCUCGCCGCUGCCGCUGCCGCCCCCGCCGCCGCCGCCGCUGCAGGGACCGCUCCUGGCGCUGCCGCCCCCGCCUCCACUGCCGCCGUCGUCCGGCGGUGCCGUCCUGCUGCCAGCCAUAUCGCAGUCCUCGUCGACGUCCUCCUCGUACGGCACCACCACCUCCACCACCAUCGCCCUGCCGCUCGACGUGUCCCUGCGCUACGGAGCCACCAUCUGCAGCUCGUCCAACUUCAACUUCAACCACAACCUGAACAACAACUUCAACACCACCACGGUGGGCGGCAGCGGGGCCAACGGGUCGCUGCUCUUCGGCGGCAACUACAACUACAACGGGAGCAACAACAACAACGCCGACCUGGCCAGCGUCGACAGCUCGGACACGUACGCCAGCUGCCAGACGCACCCGUUCCUCUCGCAGGGCGACCUCACCGCCGACUUCAACGACGAGGCCUGCGCCCUGGACAUCGACAUGGACAACCUGUACAUAAACCCGCUCGAGCGGGAGCAGCACCAGGGGAUCAGCGGCUCCACGGGCUUCAUCGUCGGCCUGCCGAGCACCAGCUCCGCGGGCGGACUGCGCGCCCAGGUGAAGAAGAGCGCCUCCGGGGACACGGCCCUGAGGAACCUGGCCUCCGGCGGCGGAGGAGCCGGCGGGCUGAGUCCCCUGGACGACGUCUACCAGAGCUUCGACGUCCAGGAGCGCGGAAGCCGGGUCAGCCUGAACGAGAACUCAGUGCCAAAGCAUCGGAAGACGCGGUUCCAGCAGAGCUUCACGGCCAUGCGGCCCACUGGAGCCCCAGCAGCAGGAGGAGUCCUCGGGGGCAUCCGGCCACGCGCCCGCUUCGAGGACACCAAGCUGGACGACGAGAUGGGCGGAGGCCGCGCGGAGGCAUCCGGCGGAUCCGGCAGCCCAGCGGCCAGCGGAUCAGGCGCAUUCGGCGCCCAGGGACCCAAGAAGAAGCGCUCGGUCUUCAUGCCGGGCAAGAGCUUAGCCACUGCCACCAAACUGAUCAACCAGCAUUUGUUUGGCAUACAGAAUGUGGGCGCCAAAGCCAAGUUCGAGAGCAAGCAUUCCUCAUCGAUAGACUCGAUUGACGCCUCGCCCAAUCUGGAGCACCACCGGCGCUCCAAGUCGAUCCUGAAAAACAAGUCUGAUAUCUCGCGCGUCCUGUCCGAUCCGGAGAGCGAGCGUCUCCUGGCGGACAACAUGUCCGGCUCCGGCGUCUCCGACAACGGCACCGUAAUGGGCGAAUCCGGCAGCGAUUACUCACCGAAUAAAUUACCUCAUUCAGUUUUAGCUAAGUCUAUCUCCCCACCACCCCUCAGGCACCGCACCCUCAUGCACCAGCGCUCAGGACCAGCGACCUUGCAAUCGAAGCCCACGAAGUUCCAGACGCCCCGCUACCCCGAGGAGCAGGCGCUGCGCCAGGUGAAGCCCCUCCUCUCGCGCGGCCCCGCCUCCACCUCCGCAUCCGCAUCGGCGGGCUCCGCGGAUGGGCAGCAGACCAGGGACAGCAGUCUGGACUCGGAGACGACCUUCACAUCGCCAGUGAGCAGUCGGGCUGGCGAGGAUCCCCCGCUGGAUCCACCGAGCCAAGUGGCAGGACCUCCUGGCCAGGAGGAGCGCGAGGAGGAGGGCGAGGCGGAGGCCAACGACGAGCAGAGGGCGCUGCUCCAAGGACGCGACGCCGAGGAGGCGAAGAGGGCGGGGAACGAGGGCACGUAGCGAUAAGGGACCCACGCACAACCCGACACCCCGAAAUUGUAAAAAAGCAAACCAA